AUGACUGAAGCUGAGAAGAUUCUCAAUGAUUUGUCAACCAAAGAAGGCGUUAUUGGAACAAUAGCCAUGACAAAGGAAGGCGUUCCAAUUCGCACAACAUUUUCAGCAGACGAAACAAAUACAUUUUCAGCAUUAGUUGCUCAUUUUAUAUCUAGAACCCACAAAGCAUUAGAAGAAAUCCCAGAAGCCGGCGAAUUAGAAAUUGUCCGUAUAAGAUCAAAGAAAAACGAACUAAUUAUUGCUCCUUAUGGUGAAUUUAUUUUCAUUGCUGUACAAAAUCCAUUUAGCAAUAAGAAGCAAUAA